GGUCAACUCAUCAUUCAGGUAGGACGCUCUCAGAAUUGCCUUAUAUGUACCCUCACCGUCCGUAAGGUAUGUGCAUACCCACCUUUGAUCGUCGGGGUUAUGUUGUCUAUGGACAUUCUGACAACCGACAAAGAGGCCCCGGGACCUGGCCUCGUUUAUGACCGGCACGGCUAACAUAUAAAGAGAAAGCUCGGUCCCCAGGGCGCUUACUGAAAGCCCACCCCACCGGUUGCAUCCCCCAUUCGUGCGAGGGCCCCCAUCUCGAACACGCGCACCCCCCGGCUUCGCAAUUACCACCACCAGCCACUCGCCGCGCCUGCCACCCAAACCAGCCAUGUCCUUCCAUUCCACCUCCCGGCGCUCCCUCGCCUCCGUCGCGUCGCUCAAGUCGAUGUAUGGCGACUCGCUCGCGUCCAUCCAGGCCGUCGAGGACAUGCUCAUCCCGCGCACUGGCGCGCUCAGCCGCACGAGCUCGUGUGCCACCAUCCGCGGCUGUGCCACCGGAGCCGCCGCGCCACCCUCCGAGGCCGGCGAUGACUCCGUCUCCUCCUGCGCGUCGGACUCCGAGGACGGGGCCGACGAGUCACUGCCCCUCGUCGCGACGCACAACACCAAGAUGCAGAUCCUCGCCGCGGCGCGCUGGGUGGACGAGUGGGACCUCGACAUGCUGUACGGCGACUUCCACAUCAUCGGCGUGUGCGAGGACUCGGAGCAGUACUACCUCGACGCGCUCGCCGAGAGCGACAGCGACGACGGGAUGGGGGGCCACCAUGACACGGGGGACGACGAGAUGAUGGGCGAUGACGAGGCCACCGACUCAGAGCUGCCCACCCAUCACGCCACCGGGCUUGCCGCCGAGCCCUCGUUCACCUUCUCCGACGCGCCCACCGAGCCCGACCCGGACGCGCUCAACUAUCCGCACGUCAUGCGCUUCGAGGACGACUACGACGUGGACAUGACCGCGGACGACCUCAUACGCCAGGCCGUGAUCACCCCGCCAGACUCGGUGACGGUGUCCGCCGCUUCCUCGCCCGAGCCCGCCCCCUCGCCCACGCGCAACUUCCCCCGCCUCGCCCUGCGCCCCGAGCUCUCCCUCCGGCGCACGUACAUGACUAAGCGCCUCCGCGUGUCCAACCAAACCUCGCCGCUCAGGGCGCACCCCGAGGACGACGCGUUCGUCACGUCCCCCGCACUCGCGGACCUCCCUCCGAUGGACAUGGAAGAGUACUACGAGCUCGCGUCCUCCCCUACCAUGACCUCGCUCACGUGCCCCGAAUGUGGCAUCCAGCUGCCCUCGCUGGAGAAGUGGGUGGCGCACGCGAAGUGCUACCGCCGGCGCGAUUAGAUCAGCUUCAGAAUUACUACACUCUAUGCUCUUCUUGGUUUUAUGUGGUCUCGAAUGUAUAUACGCGGAUGGUUAGACUCAAGAUUCAGUACUCAGUGUUCGCGGGCGAACUGCCCUGGCGCGGGCGUCUCAUUGAUCAUCGGCCAAUAGGUCCUCCACUCCUUGUCCGGGUUUUUCAUCAUUGCUUUCGUAUCUGUCGACUCUAUCUCUCGCUUGAAUUCAUGCUGUUCUAUCCCUCGCGUACGAUCUCAUCUCAAGUAAUAUGAUGCUAUAAGCCAAAGUAUACGAUAUUGUACAGGUAGUUGAAUGCAAGGCGUACGGAGGU